CCUGGCGGAGGGCGAGGGAGGGCCGGGCGCCUCUCUCGGGCGGGGAGCCGGCCGCCUCGGGCUUGGGCCUCCCUCUUGGGCUGGCUCCUUCCUCCUCCUCCUCCGCCAUGCCUGGCUUCGACUACAAGUUCCUGGAGAAGCCGAAGCGGCGCCUGCUCUGCCCGCUCUGCGCCAAGGCCAUGCGGGAGCCCGUCCGCGUCUCCACCUGCGGGCACCGCUUCUGCGACACCUGCCUCCAGGAAUUCCUCAGCGAAGGCGUCUUCAAGUGCCCCGAAGAUCAGUUGCCCCUGGACUACGCCAAGAUCUAUCCGGACCCCGACCUCGAGGCGCAGGUGCUCAACCUGACCAUCCGUUGCAUCCACAGUGAAGAGGGCUGCCGUUGGAGCGGGACCAUCCGCCAUUUGCAGGCCCACCUGGGCACCUGCAGCUUCAACGUGGUGCCCUGCCCCAACCGCUGCGGGGUCAAGCUCAGCCGGCGAGACCUCCCGCCACACCUCCAGCACGACUGCCCCCAGCGGCACCUCAAAUGCGAGUUCUGCGGGGCGGACUUCACCGGAGAGGCCUACGAGAGCCACCAAGGGCUGUGCCCGCAGGAGAGCAGCUACUGCGAGAACAAGUGUGGGGCCCGCAUGAUGCGCCGCCUGCUCUCCCAGCACAUGGCCUCCGAGUGCCCCAAGCGCACCCAGCCCUGCUCCUACUGCGCCAAGGAGUUCCUCUACGACACCAUCCAGAGCCACGAGUACCAGUGCCCCCGCUACCCGGUGCCGUGCCCCAACCAGUGCGGAGUGCCCAGCGUCGCCAGGGAGGACCUGGGGGGCCACCUCAAGGAGAGCUGCACCACCGCCCUGGCCCUCUGCCCCUUCAAGGAGGCCGGAUGCAAGCACCGGUGCCCCAAGCUCUCGAUGGGCCGCCACCUGGACGAGAGCACCAAGCUGCACCUGGGGAUGAUGGGUGCGCUGGUGGCGCGGCAGCGUCAGGAGCUGGCGGAGCUGCGCCGCGAGGUGGAGGAGCUGGCGCUGGGCAGCGAGGGGGUGCUGAUCUGGAAGAUCUCGGACUACGCCCGGAAGCUGCAGGAGGCCAAGGCCCGGAGCAACUACGAGUCCUUCAGCCCGCCCUUCUACACCCACCGCUAUGGCUACAAGCUCCAGGUCUCGGCCUUCCUCAACGGGAACGGGAGCGGCGAGGGCAGCCACCUCUCGGUCUACAUCCGGGUCCUUCCGGGCCAGUACGACAACCUGCUGGAGUGGCCCUUCGCCUUCCGGGUCACCUUCUCGCUCCUGGACCAGAGCGACCCCUCCCUCUCCAAGCCGCAGCACAUCACCGAGACCUUCCUCCCGGACCCCAACUGGAAGAACUUCCAGAAGCCCGGCUCGGGGCGCGCCUCCCUGGACGAGAGCCUCCUGGGCUUCGGGUACCCCAAGUUCAUCUCCCACGAAGACAUCAAGAAGCGGAACUACGUGCGGGACAACGCCGUCUUCAUCAAGGCCUCGGUGGAGAUCCCGCAGAAGAUCCUGGCUUGAGCGCAGGGCACACGACAGACUCCGUGUUCGCCCCACUCUGGGUCCACAUUUCAAACCCGGUCACUCGGGGAUAGAUCCGGAUUCU